AUGAGCUGGAGCUCGAGUGGUGAGGGACUCACUUCAUACACAUGUGUAUCACUCCUCUAUCAUGUCCUAGUGGCCAAUUGGUUAUGGAGCAAGGAGCAUCAUACACACAUGUGCAUCUGAGGGCAGACCACUUAUUUACCUUCUCCCAAUAUGAUCUUAAGUGUUAGUUUAUUUCAACAGUAGGGAUCUCUAUUAAAACACUGUAACUUUGAUUUUUAUUCAGCUCAAUUGUCAAAAUAUUUUUCAAUUGUAGGACUAAAUAUUUUGAUUUAGACAACUAUCUAGAGCGUGGUGUCAUCUAAUGUUGUUUAGUAAGUCACGUCAUUAGAUAAGCCAAAUCUUGUAGUAGAUGAGCCACCACGAUACCAAAUGUGUAAAGCAAUCUAUUAGUGGUUCAUAAAUAUGACAUUACUUAAUAUGCAUAUGGCCUUAAAUGAUGAUCUGACAACUAAAAAGGUGCCAAAGUGAUAAUUCUAAAUUAGUAAUUAAAUCUAUGCAUUAAUAUUUCAUAUACAGAUGUUAAUUAAUAAAUAAAUAAUAUAAUUAUACAUAUAUUAUCAACUCAUUAUGACAUUUAUAAUGUUUUAUCAUUUAAUUCCUAAUGCAUAUUAUUUUACUUAUUUUAUUAAUACUAUAAGACUAAUCCCACUUGACUUUUAUAAAGUCAAGUGGUGAUUCUCUCAUAUUUUCUUGAUAAUUAUUUGAUUACAAGUACUUAGGUGAUCUCUUAUUAUAAGUUAGAAGUAAUGGAAGAAGCUCAAGUCAUAUAGAGAGAGGCGGCCUAAUAUAUUUAUGGGCCCAAGAGAGAACAUCAUUUUGGGAUUAGCCUUAAGAGAGGAUUAAGACAUUUUAUAGUGGCUAACCUCCUAAAAUCUUGAGAUUAAAUAUAUUUUAUAUUUAAGUCUUAAGAGAGGAUUAAGACAUUUUGUCCCCCUCUUAGAGAGUUUUUUGGCUCUCUCCCUAGUAAUGGCUAGCUGAAGGAAAUAAAAGAGAAAUCAAAGCUUGAUCAAAAGCUAUCUCGUGCUGAAGAUCAUCAUAGAGAAGAGAUUACUUAGAGUGCAUCAAGAUCAUCUUAGAUCAAGUAUCACUUGGCCUAAGAUUGACACACAACGAGGUUUUUGCAAGAUUUAGAUUUGAGGCAUCCUUGUAAUCCUCUCUAUGAAUAGAUUAAAUUUUAAUUCAAACUAAUUUUAUUAUCUAUUUCAUCAUUUCAUUGUGUUAGAUUUAUUUUCUCCCUUUCAUUAUACUUUUCAUAACUCUUGUCUUCACCUUUUACAUUUAAUUCUACCCUUUGAUAAUCUCUCAUAUAUAUAUAUAUAUAUAAGAAAUAAAAUAUAUAAAAUUCAUACUCUUAUUACCCACACUCCUUAAGGAUUGACUUUUACUAAUCCCACAUAGAAGAGUAAGGUUUUAUAAAUAUUAUUUGCAUGAACUUGAUUCCAUUACAAUGAUAUAUUUAAACUUCAAAUCGAGUCCAUUAAAUUUGCACCAUUGUUAGGGAGCUAAGUGUCAUUGAGAGAAUUAGGAUUUUGUAUUUUUCUUUCAUUUUUUAUUUAUUUUUUCUGUCAUUUUUCCUUUAGUUGGAUUCGUGACAACUCAACAAAGGUCAACACUUCUUAUUUUUUCUUUUCUAUAACCUUUCUUUCAUUAUAGAAAUUCAUGAAAAGAGGCCUUCAAAAGGUAGAUCUCUCACUUGAACCCUUUGAUUAUUUAUGUACUGUACUAGACUAAGAAACCAAAUUUAGUGGACCUAGACUCAUUAAGAAGAUCUACUACUCUUGAGAAUAGAAGUAAUUGUGAAGAGAUAGACCCACCACAUAACCUACCAUAGAACCCAAGGAAUAGAGAUUUACCUCAAAACUAUGAUGAUAGAAGAAUGAAAAUGAGAAAAGAUUAUAAUCCUAUGGAGAGUAAACCAAGCACUAAAAUUGAGCAGCUCUAGUAAGGGCUUCGCAGGCUUCCUCUAG